AUGCUGAUCCUGACCUGCUCUUCCAAGCUGCAGCUGCUGGAGAGUGUGUUGCGAAAGGGCCUCCCUGAAACGCUGCUGGUCUGUGGGGCAGUGAUGCACAUCAACCGUGGAAACCCAGCUCAGCACGAAGUCGUGGUGGACUCUUGGCCAGAAUUUAAAGUUGUUCUUACCCGACCACGGAAAGAGGUGGUGAAGGACAACAGGGAUUAUUAUGCCAACCUCCAUGCUGCUUUCUACCGGGAGGAAGAUGCCUGUAGGAGGCUCCUGGAAAACAAAGAUGCCGUAGAUUGGGACAAAGCCUUCCAGCUGCAAG